CGGCAGAUGAGCAGCGCGCACCCACCCCCAUUCUCCGUUCCCAUGUCCCUCCUCAACAUUCCCCUGCUAGCUCCUGAAUUUUUCUGUUAUGCUACACUAUGUACUCCGUACACUACUACGAGAGUAAAUGUCCUAUACAGUAUACACUGAUCCUCAAACAGGAGGCCCUCCCCCCAGGGCCAGAACUGAGGGAGGACAGGGGGGGGGCCGGCCGCGGGGUGGGAUGUUUGUUCGUCUGAUUCUCAAUCGCAAUGUCUUUGUGGUAAUGUACAUAAUCCAGCCGACAUUGCGUGAUAGAGGGGUCGGGGCUAGAGCGAGGCCAUCAUAUACUCAUUGCAGACUAGACAAGCCAGGCACCGGGAACUCCGGAGGGGAAAACCCCCAAAAACCUCAUAGCUUCAACUCCAAGGGAGCUAUGACUGGGACGGGGGGCGGAGGAAGUAGGAGGGGGAGGGGGAAAGAUAGGGGAUGAAUGAGGAUGAAAGACGGGGCGGGAUACGGACUAGAGGGGUUUUGUACUGUAAAUAGUUAAAAUGAAAGAGGGGGCAAUUAGCAUGUGCCUGAUGCCUAUAACUACUACGCAGUAACUUAAUUAUACUGCUCAUAUUGAC